AUAGUUAAAAAAACGUUAGUAAAUAUAAAUUAUAAAAUAUUUAAUAGUUUUUUAAUUUAAUUUAAACCGUAAUAAAUGCGACUUCAUACAUUUAUUUGGCAGAUUUACGUUUGUGAAUUAUGGCAGUAUAUAUGAAAUAAAAACUAUAAAAUAAAGUCGAAAUAAAACAUUGGUACAAUAUUGCUACAGCUUCAAUCUUUUAUUUUCACAGCGCAUACAUAAAAAAGUGUUUUUAUUAUUUAUUUUUUGUAUUGUGGCUGUGCUUUUGGCUAAAUAAUAAAAUGCCAAGUGAAAUGAUAACACUCCAACUCGGCCAGUGCGGUAAUCAAAUUGGUUUUGAAUUUUGGAAACAAUUGUGUAUAGAACAUGGGAUAUCACCAGAAGGAAUAUUGGAAGAGUUUGCUUCAGCAGGAUCAGAUCGUAAAGAUGUGUUUUUCUACCAAGCUGACGAUGAUCAUUACAUCCCUAGAGCUGUUCUCUUGGAUCUAGAACCUCGAGUGAUACAUACAAUUAUGAACUCACCUUAUGCAAAGUUGUAUAACCCUGAGAAUGUAUAUUUAUCAAAGCAUGGUGGAGGAGCAGGAAACAAUUGGGCUUCAGGUUUUGCACAAGGUGAAAAACUUAAUGAGGAAGUAUUUGAUAUUAUUAAUAGAGAAGCUGAUGGUAGUGACAAUUUGGAGGGAUUUGUGCUGUGCCAUUCAAUAGCGGGAGGUACAGGGUCCGGUAUGGGUUCAUACAUCCUUGAACAUCUCUCAGACAGAUUUCCCAAAAAACUUGUACAAACCUACAGUGUCUUCCCGAAUCUGGAUGAGAUAAGUGAUGUGGUGGUCCAACCCUACAAUUCCUUAUUGACCCUCAAGCGGCUGACGGAGAGCGCGGAUUGCGUGAUGGUACUGGACAAUACGGCACUCAACCGCAUCGCCAGUGACCGUCUGCAUAUACAGAACCCAUCAUUUGCACAGAUAAAUACACUUGUGUCUACUAUAAUGAGUGCAAGCACUGCCACACUAAGGUACCCAUCGUACAUGAACAACGAUCUCAUCAGCCUGGUGGCGCCGCUCAUCCCCACCCCGCGACUUCAUUUCCUCAUGACGGGAUACACGCCGCUCUCCGCUGAUCACGAGCUGAGUGCAGCACCUAAGAUAAGAAAGACUACAGUAUUAGAUGUGAUGCAAAGGUUACUGCAGCCGAAGAACAUGAUGGUGUCUCUCAGUCCUGAUAGAGCCAAUCAACAUUGUUACAUAUCUAUUCUUAAUAUUAUUCAGGGUGAGGUGGACCCCUCGCAAGUGCACAAGUCGCUGCAGCGCAUCCGUGAGCGAAAGCUGGCCGCCUUCAUCCCAUGGGGGCCCGCCUCCAUCCAAGUGGCGCUGUCCCGACGCUCGCCCUACGUGCACGCCUCGCACAAAGUGUCCGGCCUGCUGCUCGCCAACCACACCAAUAUCUCCUCGCUCUUCGACCGGUGCCUGCAACAAUUCGACAAGCUGCGCAAGCGCGAGGCGUUUCUGGAGGUGUUCCGCAAGGAGCCCAUGUUCCAGGAGUCGCUGGAGGAGUUCGACGAGUCUCGCGGCGUCGUGGACGAGCUCGUGCGCGAGUACCGCGCCGCCGCCACGCCCGACUACGUGCAUUGGAACCCCGAGAGCAGUCAAAUCUAAUGGUUAUGAAGAGUCUUAAAAAUAUCUGAAAUUAUAGGCCAUAUUGAAAAAGUUACCCUUACAGGUUUGGAAUCUCUCGUUGUUGAUGUGCCAUUUAAUGAAUCUUUUCAUUUAUUAAUCCAAUAACAUGCCUGCGAUAAUUUCACAUUGCGAUUAAAGUAUUCAUGUAUCAUUUUGACAUAAUUAUUAAUUAUACAAAAGAAAUUAAUAACAAGUUAUCAGAGGGCUAGUGAGGCAUUUGUUACUCCUGUAUAUAUAAAAUUGAUAAUGCUCCACUGAAAUCUCUGAAACACGAGCCCUUAGUAUUCGAAGAAACUCCUCACGAAACAAUAAAUUUUUAUGGUUUAAAGUAAUUUAAAGAAAUGAAUAAAUCGUACUUCGUUUUAUUACCAA